UCUGGACUUUUCACUGUGUCGAAACUUCAGCGUCUUUAUAACGUGACGAGUCUGAACCAACUGAGUGUGAGCGGAGGAACGUGGAUCUGAACAUGAGAGCUGUCGGGGCUGUCGUCGUUUUGGCUGCGUUGUGUGUGUGUGAUGCUGUUCGGUUCGGACAGCUCUGCAGUGGAAACUCAGCGAACACCAGGCGAACAUCGGACAGUUGGGGUCAAGGUCACUAUGGAGCCAGACGGGAAAACAGGGACCAUAAAGGUCUGGACAUCGUGUGCAGCGACGGAUCAAUAGUCUACGCUCCGUUUGACGUGACCCUCCGAGGACGACUCACCGUCUACACUGACGCCAAUAAGGCCGCCAUUAACAGCGGCAUCAACCUGCAAGGAGGAGGUCUGUGCUUCAAGUUGUUCUACGUCAAUCCAGACCGAACAUCAGGCGAGGUGAGGAAGGGUCAGCGGAUCGGCACCAUGAUGCCCAUGCAGAGCGUUUAUCCAGGAAUGACGUCACACGUCCAUGUCCAGAUGUGUGACAAGAGUGACCCCACUCAAUACUUCUGACAGCCUCACGGGGGAGCUGGCUCCUCCCACACCGACACGUUUCACUUUAAAAACUCUGGGGUUGUGUUUUAGUCUGGACGAACAGAAACGGAGACUUUUGUAAACGAUAAUGAAGACGCCCGCGUUCCAGAGUAUGUGAACGGUCAUGUGACAUGUAUGUUCAAGUGUGUCCUUGUGGGCGGGGCCAGUGUUGGACCCAAUGGACUCAUGGAGAAUCAAUAAAAACAUCAAAACAA